AUGGCACUCUUAGACGAAGCCACACCCGGCCUUUACAUCAGCCAGGCUGGACAGGAUCUACCAAAGACCUCUCCUCUGAACGAAAACUUCAAAAGACUCGUAUCUGAAACUCUCGAAAAAUGGCAUAUACAAGGCGUCUCCGUCGCAGUCGUCGAUGGCGACGAUACAUGGGCUGAGGGAUAUGGAACUGCGUCGUCGCCAGAUGUUCCAGUUCGACCGUCGACACUAUUCUACAGUGGCAGCACUACAAAGGCCUUUACUGCAGCUGCAGCCUCUUUGCUGGUUGACGACGAGGAAAAUUAUCCGAACAUCAAGUGGAAAACCCCACUUAACCAGAUCAUUCCGGGGGAUUUUGUCCUCCCAGAUGAGUAUGCAACCUCGCACGUCACACUGGAGGACGCGCUCUCCCAUCGAUCCGGCCUGGCCGGACAUGAACUGUCAUUGGGGCGUCUCGGGACCGUACGUGACGUCGUUCUGAAUUUGCGGCAUUUUAAAAUGAGCCAAGAAAUCAGAUCUGCAUGGCAAUAUAACAAUGCUAUGUACAUUGCCGUGUCACAUAUGAUAGAGGUUGCAACUGGGGAGUGGCUGGGAGACUUCCUCCAAAAACACAUCUGGGCGCCCUUGAAUAUGAACUCAACAUUCUUUUCGCUCGAUGAUGCAAGGAAGUAUGCCGCAUCUGCCGGUAAUGACACCACAUUGGCAGUGCCUUAUGGCUGGGACGAAGAAAAAUUUGAAAUGGCCGAGGUACCAUAUUGUGAAGGUGUGCUCAGUGGUGCUGGAGCAGUAAUUUCUAAUGUCCUUGACUACUCCAAGUAUAUACGCUCUGUUAUGCGACAAUCUGGCCCGCUUUCAAAGGAAGGGUAUGCUGCAAUGCUUGAACCGCGGUCCUUCUGCCCGCCGAUGCUACCACAGCUCAAGAAUCAGAUCUUAUAUACCCUAGGAUGGAUGACGAGCACUUAUCAAGGGGAAUUCGUAAUGUUCCAUCCUGGCGGCCUGGAAGGAAUGACUGCCACAAUGAUCCUGUUUCCUGAACGAGAAUGGGGUGUUCUAGUCUUCUGUAAUGCCGAUGGUCCAGGACGUGAAACGCUGGCAUGGCAUCUAAUAGACGAAAUGCUGAAAGUCCCGCAAGAGGAUCGACUAGACCUCUAUGAUCUUGCCCAGAAGAGGCUUACUCAAAAAAGAGAGCACAAUUGCACAGCUCGUGAACGCCUUUAUCCAUCCAUUCCUUCGCCAGCUAGACCUCUAUCGCUUCCACUCGAAGGAUACGCCGGUACAUACACCCAUCCAGCCCAUCCGGAUCUGAUUAUCAGUGUAACAUCUGAAGCCGAGCCCUGGCUCCAUGUCGAAGUCACAGGAUCACUUCGAAGCACACUAGCCUUGAGGCACGUUUCUGGUGACUAUUUCCUUGCCGAGGUGUCUCUCUACAUGCUACGUCGCGAUCCCUCUGCCAUAGUCAAGGCUGAGUUCCAAGUUAAUGCAGAGGGAAAGGUGGCUUGGUUUGGUGCGGCUAUUGAUUUUGAUUAUAUGCCAGACACGCUGAUUUGGUUUGCGCGUUCUUCAUAA